AUGCGUUGCUUUGCCUCAGGUCACCCCAAAACGUGGUACAAAUUUCUUUCUUGGGCCGAGCUUUGGUACAACACAUUGUAUCACACUGCCCUGAAGACUUCACCGUUCAAAGUUUUGUAUGGGCGCGAUCCUCCGACUGUUCUGAAGUAUGAACCAGGGUCAACUAGUAACUUUGAGCUGGAAGAAAUGUUGAAAGAGAGGGACGACAUGCUGAUUCAAAUCAAAGCUCAGUUACAGAGAGCUCAAAGUUUGAUGAAGGAAUCUGCGAACAAGCAUCGUCGUCAUGUGGAGUUCGAGGUGGGAGAUAUGGUUUUCUUGAAGCUCAAGCCUUAUCGCCAGCAAACUGUGGUGAAACGACUGUGUCCUAAGCUUGCAGCGCGAUUCUUUGGCCCUUAUACGGUGUUGGAGAGAGUAGGGCAAGUGGCGUACAAGUUAGCCCUCCCUGAAGGGUCUAAGAUCCACCCUGUUUUUGAUGUCUCGCAAUUGAAGCGCGCACUUGGCAAUGAACAUGAGUUACAACCUUUACCUGUCGCUGUCACGGAUCUACGGACUGUGGACUUUGAACCAGAGGAGGUGCUUGCGAAACGUUUUGACGCAUCAGGCUGUGUAGAGUUGUUGAUCAAAUGGAAGGGUCAGCCGGAUCAUGAGAGCACCUGGGUUCGUUCUGCCACCUUGUUCGAGCUUUUUCCUAAUGAUAAGCUUGAGGACAAGCUGGUUUUUAAAGGGGAGGGUAUUGAUAAGAUACAUAACACGUACUAUCGCAAGAAGAGAAGCGAGACACGUGACCCGUUGACUGAGAGUGAAGAAGGAGUUAGUCAACCGAGUGGAUCUUCUCUUUGA